AGCUUGGCAGAGGGCGGGCGAGGAGCUGCGGGGAUGGAGCGCGGUCUGCGCUUGGGCGCUCCGUGGGCAGCGGCGGUCGAAACGCGGCCUCUCCCCGCUCGUCCCGCGGCUCCGCCGGGGAGCGGUGUUGAGUGCCCGGGGAGACGGGAGGAGAGUGGCGGUGCGGUGCUGGAAGGCGGCGUGGUCCCGGGUCCGCCGAAACUUUGCCCCCCGACUGAUGGCUGCGGCCGGCACUGCCUUCGGGGCACUGUUGGGAGCCCCCAUAGCGCGGAGAGAGGCUUCUCGGGAGCGUAGCCUGCCAGAGAAGCUGUUGGAGGCGGUGAGGAUCCUACGCUGGGCAACUAAACUUUCGUAAGAUCUGGCAUUGCUUGGAGGCUGGUUGCUGCUGGUGUAUUGGAGGCACCACUGUUUGUCACUGCCUUUUUCCUAAUUAUUUGAUUAUCUCCUUAGCAACUGAAGUCAUUUGCAAGGUUGGAGCUAGGAUGUAUCUUAGUUUGCGAAGUAGGAUGUCAAAAAGGAGGCAUUGUUGUUUUGCUGAGAGAAUUUCUCUCGUGCUCUUUUAAGAGGGAGAAGAGCUGCAGAGUGAUUCCUUCAUGCAGGCAGCAGUGCCAUAGAUGGAUUGCUGCUGAUAAGCCCAGCUCAGCUUCAGUGGUACAUCACCCAGUUGUUCAUCUGCAUCUUAGCUUUCUUUAAGCCAACUGCAUUUUCAUGGGUGCAAAAAAAAAAAUUAAUCUGCCUUCAGAGAAAUUCAGUCUUCAGUGAAAGAUGAGUGGGAGAAAUAGUUUUAUGUAGGUGAAGUUAGUAGGACAAAUCCAUCUCUCCAACACUGCUGAGUUCUGGCCAGGUGCUGGCUACAGAGAACACUCAAUUUGCCAGACUGACCUCGGGGUCAGCUUGCUGCAAAGGUGAUGCAAGGCCAUUUUUCAUCACAGUUGGGUCUUGCACCAAGCACAAUUUAAGCCAGUUCUGGGAUUUAGUCCAGAAUAUCAAUACAUCGCCCAGAUGUAGUUCACCAGCAGCCUCUGCUCUCAGAUCCAUCAUGUCACUAAACCUCACGGAUUAUGAUGGCUGGGUAAUCCUGCUCUGCCCACUCAGAAAUGCUGAACACAGCUGCAGAGGCAGCUUUGAUGCAGGGAGUGCCUUCCCACCCUGGAGCGUUAAAAGCAGAAUUCAUCCUGGAUGCUGAGAGAGGUGACAGCUUCCCCACCACGGGCACACACUAGGAGAGGAAGUUUGUGCAGACCUUUCUUCUAACAGCACGUACAAUCUGUGGCAAGGAGUACUGGGAGCCAGCUAAGAGCCAGCGACAAUGUCUUUAAACUGCUGGGCACUUCAUACUCGACUUGGAGCCUGUAAGGUGAACUGCAGAGCACUGGCAUGCCUCUUGGUCUUUGCAGUGAGUGUCAGUGGCAGUGCCCCAGGGAUGUGUCCAACAGCCUGCAUCUGUGCCAGCGAUAUCGUAAGCUGCACCAAUAAGAACCUCUCUCGGGUGCCAGGAAAUCUCUAUAGAAGUAUGAAAAGGCUGGAUCUGAGUUAUAACAGAAUUGGAUUCUUAGAGCCUGAAUGGGUCCCAGUGCUGUUUGAGAAGCUGAACACUUUAAUAAUCAAUCAUAACAGCAUUAGCAGCAUUAUCACUGGAAGCUUUUCCACAACCCCAAACCUGAAGUACCUAGACUUGUCGUCCAACAGCCUGAAGACACUGGGCAGCCCUGUAUUUCAGGAGCUGGGGGCCCUGGAAGUUCUUCUGCUUUACAACAAUCAGAUAACGCAUAUAGAGUCUUCAGCCUUUGGAGGACUGUACAAAUUACAGAAACUGUAUUUAAGCUAUAACUUGCUCUUGCAUUUCCCAUUGGACCUGUUUGUUGGAAAGCACAAGCUGACAGAACUCCUAUUGCUGGACAUUUCCUUUAAUCACAUCCAGUCGAUACCUAUUCAGCGCCUGAGUUCAGUGCCAGCCAAACACCUUAGCGGAGUUUAUCUUCACGGCAACCCAUUUCAUUGUGACUGCACACUGCACUCUAUGCUCAUCUUCUGGUAUCAAAGGCACUUCAGCUCUGUGGUGGACUUCAAAAGUGAGUACACCUGUUUAUUGCGAUCUGAUCCAAGAGGUUACAACAAACAGCCUUUACUGCAUGACAACUUUCUCAACUGCUCUGAAAGCACCAUCAACAGCUCUUUUCAAGCCUUUGGAUUUAUUCAUGAUGCCCAGGUGGGUGACAGGCUGAUCGUUCACUGUGACAGCAGAAUCAGCGAUGCAGGCACACACUUCGUUUGGGUUAGUCCAGAGAAUAAAUUGCUGGAGCCAGACAUGGAGACCAACAAAUUUAGGGUGUUUCAUAAUGGGAGCCUGGAGAUAAUUGAUGCCCAGCUAGAGGACUCUGGGCUGUACUCCUGCACUGCAAUAAAUAAGAAAAGACUAUUAAAUGAAACCAUAGAGGUUAGAAUAAAUGUCAGCAAUUUCACAGUUAACAGGCCUCAUGCUCAUGAAGCAUUUAAUACAGCUUUUACCACCCUUGCUGCCUGCGUAGCCAGUAUUGUUUUAGUACUGCUUUAUCUCUACCUGACCCCCUGUCCGUGUCAAUGUAAGACAAAGAGGAGGAAGAGGAAGCUGAACCAAAGCAGUGCCCACACAUCCAUACUGAACUCCACACCGCCCCAAGAGCUGCCUGCUGAUGAGAAGAAGGCCAGCACUGGCAAACGAGUGGUUUUUCUGGAACCCGUACAUGAACCAAAACACAGUCAGAACGGGAAAGUAAAACUGUUUCCUAAUGACAAUGUCAUUGCUGAGAGUAUCUUAAAAACUACUCGAACAAAAUCCGACUCUGAUUCUGUCAACUCUGUGUUCUCAGAUACACCUUUCAUGCCAUCAACUUAGUUUGCUGCCUGUAUUUGUAUUGUGCCGUUACAUUUCUGAAUACCUCCUUUGCUUGUAGCAACUAUCAGGAAAAAGAAAUAAAGAGAGAAAAUGUUUUAAAAAAAGCAUCUAUUGUCUGUUCUUGAGCUUCGACUCCUCUGUUUGUGAGUACAAGUGACACCUUGCUUGAGAAAAGCCAACAGGAUGACAUUGACAUGAGUAUUUUCAGUGCAAUCCUAGGCUUGCCUAUUAAUCUCUGGGACACACGCAGCCAUCUCUCAUCCACAGUUAGUGCUGCUUCCAGUGCAUACAGUCUCGGAGCAGAGGCUGACCCCACACAAGGCUCACAGUUGUUCUGAGCAUCCUGCUCAUCUACAGGGACCACAUAAGCAAACUUAGGUGGCUAUGGAGGAAAGUGUGUAGCUUUCCUCAAGUUCCUCUUACAGGCCCACUUUAAAAUCAUUGAGGAAAUGUGUUUUCCAAGACUGAUCUGAACAAAAAGAUUAGACUUGCUCUCAGGAUGCCUAGCAGUACAGGAUAAAUAUUUAUGGCCGUCACCAUAUUUGCCAAUAACUGUUUGAAACCCUUAAGGGGAGGGGAUGUUGUAUUCAUUUUACUUACAACUUAAUCGAGGAAUUACUCAUGAAAACUGCUUAUAUUGGUUUUUAAAUAUAUGCAUGAAAAAACUGGUGAAAGUUAACUUGCUAUAUUUUAGUUGUAUUAGUAGAGGAAUAAAAGUUGUCAGUUAUUAGAACUCAAGCUAAUCAUCAGGAACUCAUUAAGCUGUGAUAACCUGAUUGCUUGUUAUCAGUUGUCCUAUCCCACACUGCUCACAGUAUGCAUGAUGUCACAUACGGUGAACAAGCUUGCCACUGUCCCCAGGGCUCCUGCUUCAUCUUAGGGGUGGAUCACUACUGCUUAGAGAUAAUUUCGCAAUGUGAGGGUAGAAUCUCAUUUUAUUUCUUCAUUGUGCAGCUUUCCAUCAAUUUCACAAAAUUUGCUUCCCUGAUUAUUUAUUUAUUUUACUGAAGGAGGAAAUGCACUCUUUUGAUACAUUUCUUUAUAUUACAGAAUAAUUUUCUCACAGUGAAUUCAGAAAGUGUGGUUUUUCUCUAGACUUGGCCCUGUCUUAUAUGUACUGCUUCUCUCCUUGCCCAGAUGCAUCACUGCCAAAGUUUAUGAACCCAGUAAAAUUAUCCCAGGUUGAUCAUGCAGCAUUGGUUAUGUGAAGUGUUAUGUUAUUGUAAAGAAUAUACUGUUAUCAUUGCAAUUUCCAUUUUUUAUUUAAAGUUUGCUUACCUUCAGACUGGGCAGGACUUUGCCUGUUUUUCUCACAUUGAAUGCUGCCAACUUCAAAGGAGUUUUACAAAGAAUUACAGCUUGCUAAAGAAAAUUGGAGUGUAUCUGACUCAUUAUGACUUUGGGGAAUGUACUGAAGUGGAAAAGGAUGAACAAAAUCAGUCAAAGGACCAUAUGACAUGGCAACUGUAAUUUAUUCUUCUGACACUUACCAUAAUAUUCACUUGCAUUUUUUGUGAUUUCUUUUGAGAGGCGUGUCAUCAUGCUCAAGCUUACAUUCAUCCUAGCCAAAGCUAUUAACAAUUGAUUUGUUAUGGAGAAGUCCUGUGUAGCUAAUUGUCUGAAAGCAAGCAGGCUGGAAAACAGUUUAGAUCAGGAAAUGUUAUUGCUGUGAUGUGCACAAUGUACGUGGAAGUAAAGAACUGCAAGAGAUUUUGAUUCAGCUAUUCAGGGAAAAGUAAGAUGGAAAUUCCUUUUCCAGGAGCAGAAUAAUGUGUAUUUAGAAGAGAAAGAUCAUCAUGGUUUGGGUCUUUUACUUAUGCAUUUAUUUACGUAAAUUUAAAACAGCUUCUGCUAUUGAGUAGUGUUUUUUAUCUGCUUAUGGGCAUUAACACAAAAUCAGAAAGUUUACAUGUAAGGUCUGAUGUAAAAAAACAUUGAUUAUCUUCACUGAAAUCAGAGAUAUAGUUUGGCCAUCUGUUGAUGAGGGAAAGUCCUGACUUUUAAGACCCUGUCUCCUUCUCAAGAUUCUUUAUUGUGAAGACUUUAAUUAAGCUGCAUGAUCUGCUGCUGUGCUCUCCAAUUCGUGCAAAGAGGGGACCAUGGGACAGGGCUGAAACUAUGAAGAGACAGAGCAGGAAACUGAGGCAAAUAUUCCUAGGGAAAGCUGAGCAUAUCAGUUACAGCUCUGGGCAGAUGUUAUGAUCUGUUGUCAUACAUAACAUUAAUUGACCCGGAUUUCUGUGUUUACAAGAGCUCUGAUGGUCAAUUCCAAGUUGGCCUGGAAAAGCAAGCAGCCUGGUGCCUGUGUGGCUGCCUGCCAGCUCUGCUUCUCUCCUCUGCGGCUGGGCUGGGCAUAUGACCGCUCCCCCACUCAUGUGACAGUGACACUGCCUUGAACUAACGCAGCUUUUAGAAACUCCAGAUAAUCUUAAAAAUAAA